AUGUUAAUAGGUCCUUAUUCAGGUGUUCCAUGGCUAGUCCGAAAAAUGAUAUCUGGAAAGCUGCGCAAGGGCCAGUUCCUCAUGAAGCAGAAUCCUGAUGGAGGAUACAUCUAUACAACUGCCGAUCCCUCAAGGAACUUGCAAUACCGUUUCAAUCUCGGCGAAACCUUUACGGAUACUGGUUACGAUGGAAAGCAACACAAGAUAACAAUAACAAUGGAAGGCGACAAGUUGAAGGAAGUUCACCUCAAUCUUGAGCGCGAUGUUGGAGAGGACGCCUUCUAUUUCUAUUUUCAAAACGGAGUUCUAGUCUCGGAAUGUGAAGCAUGCAAUAAUGGCAAAAAGGCGAUCUGGAGAAGGGAAUUCGUAAAAAAGACGUAA